CGCAGUGACGUGAGGUGGUCCAACGGAAAUGUCUCUUAUUACUUCAAAUUGUACCAAUAACAUAGUGAACAUGAUGUUUUUAUAACGAACAAUUAUUUAAAAUUAGUACAUUAAACCGAAGUUACCUGUGAUUAGUGAAAAAGUGGCUGAAUUUAAAAACAAAAUGAUUUGUGCUUUUAUUAAGUUGAUAAGUGUAGUUUUAUUAUUAAUGGAAUUCGCGCCCCAGACAGAUGGAGAUAGCAUAAUGCCAAUGAUCGACUUCCGGUACUUCAGAUGCGUUAUGAAACGAGAAUGGAAAUGCCCAGACAGUGAAAUCAAUUUCUAUCUCUACACGCCGGAACACCCGUUCAAGCAGUGGGUCGACGUGCGCCACACACACAAACUGCCGGCCUACGGCUGGAAGUUGUCUAGGAAGAAUGUGCUCAUCAUUCACGGCUUCAAUGGGACGCAUUCGAAGACACCGAUGACUUUUCUUCGCGAUGCCUAUCUGUCGCGUAAGGACUACAACGUGUUUAUGGUGGACUGGUCCCCUCUCACGAGAUUUCCAUGUUACCUGUCUGCUCUAUCUAAUACGAAAUUGGCGGCUCAGUGCACAGCUCAGCUAUACUCACGCAUCACACAGUCCGGUGCUCUCGCUAAGAAGAUCACGUGCGUUGGACACUCCCUCGGUGCGCACGUGUGCGGCAUGAUGUCUAACCAUCUCACAGAGAAGCAGUACAAGAUUGUAGGUUUAGACCCAGCUCGUCCUCUGGUGUCAAUGUACGGGUCUCAUCUAUUUCGUCUCGGACGAGACGACGCUUACGUCGUCCAAGUUAUACAUACGAACGCUGGCUUCUUAGGCGAGAGCGGUCUUGUGGGACACGCAGACUUUUGUGUGAACGGUGGAAGAUUGCAACCAGGCUGCAAGGGCCAUGUUAUGCGUGUAGCCCGCUGUAGCCACUUCAUGAGCUCCUGUUACUUCGCUGCGGCGGUGCGUCGACGCAUAAAAAUGAUCGGCGUGCCCUGCGACUCUUCCUGUCCGAAGCAGGGCCACUCCUUGCUUCUACACGACCGCCGGGUCGUCAAAGUAGAUGAUAAUACUCCUGAAUCAUCGCGAGGAAUGUACUGCGUUAAAAUAGACCAACAAGAAAAUUGUCCGUUCGAUUAAUGAAAGAAAAGCCGCCUGCAAUAAGGAAGUGGAAAACUUAGAGGAUUAAAAAGUUUUCAAAAAAUCACUGGAUGCUAUAUGCCAUAUGGCCAAGUUGUUAUUUAUCUGGACUUAAUACAGAUUUGUGAUACCUCUUUAGACGAAUGGUAGUGUCAUUGGUGGCAUAUGGCAUACUAGUUACCUAUAAUAAUAAUAAUUC